AUGAAAUCGGAAACUUUAAAACCACAAAAAACUUAUAUAGUGUGGUUUCAAAAUAGAAGAGCCAAAUGGAGACGACAGGAAAAAAUGGAAGCUACAAGACUCGGUUUAAAUGAAUAUCACAGCGUUGGAGCUUUAGGACGUGUCGGUGGUACGAGUUUAGCAUUACCAAUGGAUCCAUGGCUCGCACCUCCUCUACUAAGUGCUUUACCCGGUUUUUUAUCUCAUCCACAAACGGGAUAUCCGAGUUAUUUAACGCCUCCGGUUGUACCCGAUGGAAAAUUAACAAACGUUAAUUCGAUAUCACCGACGUCGCCGCCACCGCCACCACCACCACCACAGCCGCCAUCUUCUACCACGACGGAUGCAAGAACUACGUCUAUAGCAGCUCUAAGACUUAAAGCCAAAGAACACGUGGAAUCUUUAACAAAGGGUCUUCAAAUGGUAUGA